AUGGAGGAAGGGAACUGGAAAGGAAUACCCACAGCCAUACACACACACAUUUUAUGGCUAGUCUUCAAAGCAGUCGGUGGAUAUAUUGCUAACAGUCUAGCAAUUAUGACAGAUGCACUUCAUAUGUUAACUGACCUUAGUGGUAUUAUUUUGACCCUGCUUGCUCUCUGGCUGUCUGCAAAAUCUCCCACAAAGAGGUUCACUUUUGGAUUUCAUCGCUUAGAAGUAUUGUCAGCCAUCAUUAGCGUAUUGCUGGUCUAUAUCCUUAUGGCAUUCCUCUUGUAUGAAGCUGUUCAAAGAACUAUCCAUAUGGACUAUGAAAUAAAUGGCGAUAUCAUGCUGAUUACAGCAGCCGUUGGUGUUGCAGUUAACUUAAUAAUGGGUUUUUUGCUGAAUCAGUCUGGCCACCUUCAUUCCCACUCCCACCCUCACUCUCACGUACCUCAGUCGAACUCUCCUAACACAGCCCACAGCGGUAGCCAUGGACACAGCAGCCUCGCCGUGAGAGCAGCGUUUGUACACGCCCUGGGGGACCUGGUACAGAGCAUUGGUGUGCUCGUAGCUGCAUACAUCAUACGCUUUAAGCCAGAAUACAAGAUUGCUGAUCCUAUAUGUACAUAUGUAUUCUCCAUACUAGUGGUUUUGACAACAGUUCGAAUUCUGUGUGACACAGGAGUUAUUAUUCUGGAAGGAGUUCCAAGGCAUUUAAACGUGGAUCGCAUUAAGGAAGACUUGAUGAAAAUUGAAGAUGUUUAUUGUAUAGAAGAUUUAAAUGUUUGGUCUCUCACUGCAGGAAAAACAACUGCCAUAGUCCACUUGCAACUAGUUCCUGGUAGUUCAUCUAAAUGGGAGGAAGUUCAGUCCAAGGCCCGACAACUGCUGCUGAACACAUUUGGAAUGUACAAAUGCUCUGUCCAGCUUCAGAGUUACAAACAGGAAACAAGCAAAACCUGCGCAAGUUGUCAGAGUUCCAGUGCCUAAUUUUGUAUGUUUUGG